AUGCCGUUUUCUUUAUGCUGGAAGAACGCCAGAGCAACUGGGCCUAUUCCCGUCCCAUCGUGCUACUCGACACGCUCUGGAACCUCAUCUUCUUGCUCUGUCCUGCUCUGUCUUCUCUCUCUGCUGCAGUUGGAAGAGCGCCAGAGCAACUGGGCCUAUUCCCGUCCCAUCGUGCUCCUCGACACGCUCUGGAACCUCAUCUUCGUUCUCGUCGCCAUCGCGACGCUCUCCGUGAGCCGCAACCACAAGGAGGAACCGGCCGCUCCGCUGGGCGUGUGGCUCAUGGGGUACUCGGCGCAGUGCAUCAUCCACAUCGUCUGCGUGCUCGUGGAGUUCGACCGCCGGCAGCAAGGCGGAGCGGAGGAGCGCAGGAGCGACCGGAGCCGGGCGAGGAGGAGCGGCGGAGCGAGCAGGAGCAGCAGACGAGGGCUCCGCGGGUUGCGGAGCGCGAGCGGAGGAGGAGGGAGGGGAGGCAGGGGAGGGGGAGCAGGGGGGAGUGGGAGUUCGGGGGAUAUUCGAGAGGGGUUGUUGCAAAGAGGGAGCGAUGACGAGGAGCAGGAAGCGGAGGGGAGUACGGGGGAGCAGCGGAUAGAAGAUGAUCGGAUUGACAGCAUUGCGAAGCAAAUCGAGUCGGCGAACACCGUCUUUUCGUUCCUCUGGUGGUCCGUCGGGUUCGCGUGGAUCAUCUCCACAUUCGACGACACCUUCGAAGACGCGCCCAUUCUUUCCUGGGUGUGCAUGUCGUUUCUGGCGUUCGACGUGUUUUUCGUCAUCUUCUGCAUCGCGCUCGCGUGUCUGGUGGGCAUCGCCGUGUGCUGCUGCCUGCCCUGCAUCAUCGCGGUUCUCUAUGCCAUGGGCGAACAGGAAGGUGCCACGAACGAGCAGAUUCAGUCCCUCCCGCAGUUCAAGUUCCGCCGGCGAGGCUCUCCGCCAAGCAGCAGCCGCCCGCUCACCGCGUCCGCCGCCCUUUCCGCCAUCACGGAGGCGCUAGGCGUUGCGACCACCAGCAGCAGCACCACCACCAACGCCAGCAGCAGUAGUGGGCUAAAUAGCAGUGCGGCGAAGGGUAGCAGCUGUGAUGAUGGAAACAGCAGUGGUGAUACGGGGGGCAGCAGUGGAAAGGGAACGGCCAGUGCGGGUGCCGAGGGGAAGGAUGAGGUUCGGGUGACGAUCGACGAGCCGGCAGGGGGCGUUAUGACGCAAGUGGGAGGGUCGAGCCAGCCGCCGCGGGAGAGAGAAGUGGCAGACGAUGAUGCGGAGUGCUGCAUCUGCCUGGGGCCAUACGAGGACGCAGUGCUGCUGAGGGAGCUGCCCUGCUCACACCACUUCCACUCCGCCUGCGUUGACAAGUGGUUGCGCACCCGCCCCACCUGCCCCCUUUGCAAAUACGACAUCACUGCCCCGCCCAGCGCUGCUACUAGCAGCAGUGGGAGCAGUGGCAUGUCUGCGAACGGGAAGAAGGAAGCGCGCCGAUGGGCCGUCGACCUGGCGGACGUGGCGUCGGGGAUCUCGAGGGACGUUCCCGAUCCGCCUGGAUUCAACCGAAACGCGGCAGAACUGGCGUCCAGUGGCAGCGGAUCCAAGGCGCUGACACAGAAAGAUAAGGCCCUUGACCCAGCAAAGAAGCAGGAGCGUGCAUGGGCUCUGGCCCAGUCUCCCACCAAGAAUCUCCUCAUGAUGGGAUUCAUGCUCUGGAUGGCCGGCAGUACAGUGCAUCUUUUCAGCAUCGGAAUCACCUUCUCCAUCCUCUGGCAACCCAUCUCAGCACUACGGACCAUCAAUGCUGCAUUUGAGCCGUUCAAGGACCCCAAGGUGGAUGUGGUGCUGCCAAAGAUGAUGUAUGCCGCAGUCAACCUCUUCCUCCUCUCCAUCGGCCUCUGGAAGCUACUCCUUGCUAUUCCUUGUAAUUUUGAGCUCUAG